AGACGUACGAGUGGCGUUUAAUUGACGGAGGGCGGCUGCUGCCUUCGGGGAGAAGUUCGAUGGUUGGCGUUAUUUUUAAAAAUAAUUUUGUUGUGUUUGGAGGGUAUGAUGGACGCGAAGUGCUGAGCGACUUCUACAGAUUCCCUCUAGAUCCGCUGUCUCCUCCGCCUUCUACUCUACUUACAAACCUCCUAUCCCUCCAGGCCCCGACACCCCUCUCUGAUGCUGUGUUUAUUGUGGAGGGAAGAAUCAUGCAUUCAUCGAGGGCCCUACUGGCCUGCAGGUCCGACCACUUCCGCGCUUUGUUUUUCGGGGGUUUAAAGGAAGCCAACGACAGGGAGAAUAAACCAAUCCCCAUUGAAGGCAUUCGACAUGAAGUGUUUGCGGCGCUGCUUGACUACCUCCACACCGAUUGUCUCCCUGCCGGUCUCUCCUGGCCCUUCUUGGUAGAGCUGAUGGUUGCAGCAGAACGACGAUGCGCCUGCAGUAUAUUGUACAAUGAAUAG